GAAAGGUGGAAAGAAGGAAGAAAAAAAAGACUAGAAAAGGGGGGGUCCCCAGUACACUCUGGCCGACCUGGAACCUUCACCUCAGCUCUGAAUGGGGACUGUUGAGAUGGGGAAUACUUUCCAGUAGUCGUGGGUUAAGCAAAGUCUCCUAAUUCCAAACUGUGAGUAGGCUUAAGUACAGAAAGACAUGAAGUCUGGGCACCUAGACCUGUGCUUUCAGUAAUUGGUUUCAUGAUUUGGGUUACAUCUCAUCUCCUUUUGCAAACACCUCCUUACAUCCUUUGCAGGCACCAUGAGGCUACAACUUUGCUCUCAGUUGCUUAUCCUUUUCUUGGUUUCUGUGAAUGCUGAAUCGCAAGUGACUCCAGGCUCGAAGUGCAGGACAGGCCCCCUCGACUUGAUAUUCCUGAUCGACAGCUCUCGUAGUGUACGCCCCUUUGAAUUUGAGACAAUGCGGCGUUUCUUGGUGAACAUUAUUCGAGGUCUAGACAUUGGACCCAAUGCCACCCAUGUCGGCGUGAUCCAGUACUCGAGCCAGGUGCAGAGUGUCUUCCCUCUGGGGGCCUUCUUCCGAAGAGAGGACAUGGAACGUGCCAUCCAAGCCAUCGUCCCUCUGGCACAGGGCACCAUGACGGGCCUCGCUAUCCAGUACACCAUGAAUGUAGCAUUCAGCGUCGCCGAGGGCGCUCGCCCUCCCCAGGCCCGGGUGCCUCGUGUCGUUGUUAUAGUGACUGAUGGGCGGCCUCAGGACCGGGUGGCCGAAGUGGCUGCACAAGCAAGGAAUCGGGGAAUUGAGAUCUACGCGGUGGGAGUGCAGCGCGCUGAUGUGGGCUCCCUGCGCGCUAUGGCAUCGUCUCCGCUGGAUGAGCAUGUUUUCCUAGUCGAGUCCUUUGAUCUCAUACAACAGUUCGGCUUCCAUUUUCAAGGCCGAUUAUGCGGGGCAGACCCAUGCAUCGAUGGAACUCACGGCUGCCAGCACCUGUGUGUCAGUACACCGGAAUCCUUCCGCUGUGACUGCAACCCCGGUUAUCGUCUGGCCCCGAAUAACAAGAGCUGCUCUGCCAUUGAUCACUGUGCAGAAGGGACCCACGGCUGUGAGCACCUCUGUAUCAAAUCCAACGGCUCGUACACCUGCGGCUGCAGAAAGGGGUAUACCCUCCACCGAGAUCAGAGGCAUUGUACCUUGAUUGAUCACUGCAGCUUCGGAAAUCACAGUUGCCAGCACGAGUGUGUCAACUUCCCAGAGGGGCCUCGCUGCCGUUGCCGCCAAGGCUUUGAACUUCAGUCGGAUGGGAGACACUGUAAGGCCCGAGACUACUGCAAUGGCGUGGAUCACGGUUGUGAAUAUCAAUGCGUGAGUUCGGGCAGCUCUUAUAGCUGCAUUUGUCCUGAGGGCCGGCAGCUCCAGGCUGAUGGGAAGAGCUGCGACAGAUGCCGGGCCGGUCAUGUUGAUCUGGUUCUGGUAAUCGACGGCUCCAAGAGCGUCCGGCCGCAGAACUUCGAGCUGGUGAAGCGUUUUGUGAACCAGAUCGUGGACUUCCUGGACGUGUCCCCCGAGGGGACACGUGUGGGACUGGUGCAAUACUCCAGCCGCGUGCGCACAGAGUUUCCUCUGGGCCGCUACGGAACUGCGGACGAGGUGAAGCAGGCAGUGCUGGCCAUCGAAUACAUGGAGAAAGGCACCAUGACUGGGCUGGCGCUGCGCCACUUGGUGGAGCACAGCUUCUCCGAGGCGCAGGGAGCUCGGCCCCGAGCCCAGAAUGUGCCACGUGUCGGCCUGGUCUUCACGGAUGGCCGCUCCCAGGAUGACAUCUCCGUGUGGGCGGCCCGGGCCAAGGAGGAGGGCAUCAUCAUGUACGCGGUGGGAGUAGGCAAGGCGGUAGAGGAAGAGCUGAGGGAGAUCGCAUCGGACCCCCCAGAGCAGCACGUCUCCUAUUCGCCUGACUUCAACACGAUGACACACAUGCUGGAGAACUUGAAAGUCAACAUCUGUCCGGAGGAGGGGAAAGGGGUCACUGAGCUGCGUAGCCCAUGCGACUGCGAGAGUCUAGUGGAAUUUCAGAGCAGUGCUCUGGCGGCACUGGGGAGUUUGGAGCAAAAACUGACGCAGCUGACUGCUCGAUUGGAAGACUUGGAGAAUCAGUUGGCUAACCAGAAGUGAGGGUCAGCAGCAGCUCGGACCCAGGCCUCUCUUGUAGCCUCUCUCCUGGCCUUUCCCGCCCAUCCUGAGGAUUGGGACAGUUGUGCGGGCAGCCUCCACUAAUGUGAGAUCGUGCUAGUAAAGUACCGAAGGUCUAUGCUGUUGUAGCACACUUCAACGGACUCAAGCUCGCAGAGAGUUGCGCAGGCUCCACCUGCAAAAAGCUUGGGUACGCCGCACUUUCGGCGUCGGGACUCCCGACUGCAGUGCCUUCUGGCUGGGGCCCAGGCUCUUUCAUUCACUGCGUAUUUAUGUUAUUGUUUCCCUCUCCACCUCCCCAUUUUUUUAAAAAAAUAAAAACCUGAACUCUACUCCAGUUGCUAUUUUGUGUAUCGGUCCAGAGGUUAGUUUCUAGCGGUUGUUCCACCGCUAGAAAGCAGGAUGGCCGGGUACCACUGCCCCACACCCUUUCAUCACCCAGUACCUUCGACGACGGUGGAGAAGGGAGUCCAGUCUCCGCCUCCAGCCAUACAGAGCUGCUCGGCGCCGGGGCGUCUCCCGUAGAGAAAGGCUCAUUGUGCUGGGAGCAGGCUGUCGGGGCCGGUUUCUCAGCUUUUUGUUUAUUCAGCGGAGAACAGAUAACUCCUUAUAAGCUGGUGUUGGGGGGAGAGACCUGUGACUGCGGAGAGGCAAACGGGAAAGGAAAGUUUCCCUCUCAGCGACCCCCGAGGGAGCUUGUAUUCCUAGCUGUUAAGACAACCGAC